AUGGUACGAGAACGAAAAUGCAUAUUGUGCCACAUUGUGUACAGCUCAAAAAAGGAGAUGGAUGAACACAUGCGGAGCAUGUUGCAUCACAGGGAACUUGAGAACCUGAAGGGCAGGGACAGUAGUCAUGAGUGCCGAGUGUGCGGGGUUACUGAAGUGGGUCUUUCUGCAUAUGCAAAGCACAUUUCUGGCCAGUUGCACAAAGAUAAUGUUGAUGCCCAGGAAAGAGAAGAUGAUGGAAAGGAAGAAGAAGAGGACGAUUAUUUUGACAAGGAACUCGUUCAGUUAAUAAAACAAAGGAAAGAACAAAGUCGACAAGAUGAACCUUCCAAUAGCAGCCAAGAAAUAAACUCUGAUGACAGGCGACCCCAAUGGAGACGAGAAGACCGAAUCCCUUACCAAGACAGAGAGAGCUACAGCCAGCCAGCACGGCAUCAUCGUGGGCCUCCUCAGCGGGACAGGAAGUGGGAGAAAGAUGGCUAUAGUAACACUAGGAAAAACAGCUUCACACAUUCUUCAAGGAAUAAUGGUGGAUCAAGAGGAUGUUCUGGGUGGCAUAAGGGUAGUGCAGGAGGUUCCUCACCUUGGUUUCACAACCAUAGUAAUUCUGGAGGUGGUUGGCAUUCAAAUAAUGGGACAGUAGAUUGGAAUCAUAAUGGUACAGGAAGGAAUUCCAGUUGGCAUUCUGAAGGAACAGGUGGCUUUCCCAGUUGGCAUACGAACAGCAGUAACGGAAAUUGGAAAUCCAGUGCACGUGGUACAAAUAGUUGGAAUUACAGUGGCCCCGGAGACAAAUUUCAACCGGGCAGAAACAGAAGUUCUAACUGUCAAAUGGAAGACAUGAAUAUGCUCUGGAAUACAAAAUCUAAGUCAAACAAAUACAAUCAAGACAGAUAUAAGUGGCAGCGGCAAGAAAAUGACAAAGUUGGUGCAGUUGCCACAUACAGAGGUCCUUCUGAAGGAUUUGCAAGUGGUAAGUUUCAUUCAGAAGGCUUGCUUGACUUCAAUUUUGAGCAGCUGGAAAGCCAAACCACUAAACAGACAGACACCUUCACUUCCAAAAUUGGUGGGAAGAGUAUCAGUGUAGCAAGGGAAAAGCUCCGUCGCUGGACUCCUUACCCUUCACAGAAGACUCUGGAUUUACAAUCAGGAAUGAAAGAAGUCACUGGUAAUAAGUCAGAAAUGAUAGAUAAGCCUCUCUUUGAUUUUAGCUUGAUAACCGUGGGAACAAAAGAGCCCCAAAAUGAUAAAACAGAUAAUUCUCGAAAACUGAAAACAAAAAAAGAAAAACAUACUGGAUCUCUUAAACACAAAACCUCUUCUGACUGCACUGCUUCCUAUGAGGUGGUGAGAGAAUGUCCCAUUACAGAAAAACCUGAACAAGAGCCUAAUUUAAAUAAGACACCAUUAUUAAAAUCCCCACUCCUUCCAACUCCAGGCACUAAAUCAGUUCCUCAAAAGCAAGAUUCAAAGAAUCCCUCACAAAAGACCAAAAUUAAUUCUUUUUUCCCUGGGGAACACUCAAAUCCUUUGACUAAACCCACUGUGGAAGAUAACCAGAGUUCUUGCAUAUCCAAAAUGCGAAGUUCAGGUCCUCAUGUUUUAAAAGGAAAUAAUAAAAGUCCACUUGGAACUCAAAGGGAUCCAGAUGAAAAUUUAAGUGAUACAUUACAGAAAGCCAAAGAUGUGCUGCAGUGUCAUGAGUCAUUGCAAAAUCCACUUAGUGCUUCUAAAAGGACCAGGAAUUAUGCAAAAGCAAGUAGAAAUGUAGAAGAGUCUGAAAAAGGAUCUUUGAAGAUUGAAUUUCAAGUACACGCAUUAGAAGAUGAAAGUGAUGGAGAGAGAUCGGACACAGAAAAGCAUGGGACAAAAAUCGAAACCCUGGGUUCUACAGCUACAGAAGUUUUAUCCUGCAGUACUCCUGCUGCUGAUGAGAAAAGGGGGGAUGACCAAAACCUGGAAACAUCUAGAAAGCCAUCCACUUCCCCAUGUAACUCAACAGUUCACCAAAAAGAAACUGAGUUACAAAUGACAUCUGUAGCCAGCCCACAGUCUGGUUUACUGCUAGAUUUGAAAACCUCUCUAGAAGAUGCACAGGUUGAUAACCCUGUUAAAUCUCAUGAAUCUUAUGAAACUGAAGGCUUUGAGAGUUCUAGCUUGGAUGCCGAGCUUCAAAAAAGCGAUAUAGGUCAACCCUCAGGCCCCCUUCUGCCUGAACUAAGCAAGCUUGGAUUUCCUGCCUCACUCCAGAGAGAUCUAACCCGGCACAUUAGCUUGAAGAGCAAAACUGGAGCACACCUUCCUGAGCCAAACCUCAAUAGUGCUCGCCGCAUCCGCAACAUCAGUGGUCAUCGAAAGAGUGAGACAGAGAAGGAAUCUGGGCUCAAGCCAACCCUUCGACAGAUUCUAAAUGCAUCUCGAAGAAAUGUCAACUGGGAACAGGUCAUUCAGCAAGUAACCAAGAAAAAGCAAGAGCUAGGCAAAGGCUUGCCCAGGUUUGGCAUAGAAAUGGUGCCUCUAGUUCAAAAUGAGCAAGAGGUCUUGGAUCUGGAUGGGGAGCCUGAUCUGUCCGAUCUAGAAGGAUUCCAGUGGGAAGGUGUUUCCAUUUCUUCAUCUCCUGGGUUGGCAAGGAAGCGAAGCCUUUCAGAGAGCAGUGUGAUCAUGGACAGGGCUCCUUCUGUGUAUAGCUUCUUCAGUGAGGAAGGCACAGGCAAAGAAAAUGAGCCUCAGCAGAUUUUUCCACCUAAUAAUUCAUUCAGAUCUGCACAAAGUCAAAAACCAAACAUGAGCCUUAAGCAGGAAGUGACACCUCUGGCUGCCUCCCUAAGAACAGAUGAAAGAACUGAAAAUGUUGCUACUCGAAGGCGACAUAGCGCGCAAUUAUCUCCUGACCGUACAAUACCUUUGAUGCAUUUGACAAAAGAGCUGCACAGCCAGGAGAGCGCUCUACUACUUUCAGAGAAUCACAAUGCCCAGGAGAGUAAUGGAGAAGGAAACUCUUUAUCAUCAAAUGCAUCUUCAGCACUCGCAAACUCCAGUUUGGCAGAUGCAGCCACAGACAGCAGCUGUACCUCUGGUGCUGAACAGAAUGAUGGCCAGAAUGUUAGAAAGAAGCGAAGAGCCACUGGAGAUGGAUCUUCUCCUGAACUGCCAAGUCUUGAGAGAAAAAAUAAAAGAAGGAAAAUUAAAGGAAAGAAAGAACGUUCUCAGGUUGACCAGCUGCUGAAUAUUUCUUUAAGAGAGGAAGAACUAAGUAAAUCAUUGCAGUGCAUGGAUAACAAUCUUCUGCAAGCUCGUGCAGCACUUCAGACAGCUUAUGUUGAAGUUCAAAGGCUACUUGUGCUUAAGCAGCAGAUAACUAUGGAGAUGAGUGCCCUGAGGACCCAUAGAAUACAGAUUCUACAGGGAUUGCAAGAAACAUAUGAACCUUCUGAACGUCCAGACCAGGUUCCCUCUAACCUUACACGAGAACAGAAGAAUGUUAGAUCUCAAACAUCUACUGAUGGCACACUUCUGCCUAGUCCUUUUUUCCCGAAUUUCCUGGAACCUCUAUCUUCCCACGUGUCUCCAUCAUCCACUGGAGCCCCUCUCCAAGCAAUCACAUCUUCUUUCCAAGCUCAUGGCAGUGUUCCUGCUCCAGACUCAUCAGUUCAGAUUAAACAAGAACCCAUGUCUCCUGAACAAGAAGAGACUGUGAAUGCUGUAUCGCAAGGCUCUGCUUGCAGUCUGUCCAAGGAAUUACUGCAAGCUAAUAGAGAGAUCAGUGACAAUUGUCCAGUUUAUCCAGUUACCACUGCAGCAUUGUCCUUAUCAGAGCUAACAGAGAGAUUCCAUGAGCCUAGCCAAGAACUGAAGUUUUCUGUGGAGCAAGGAAUUACCAGAAACAGAGGGAACAGUCCCUCUUCCCAGUCAGCUGGUCUUCCUAGCAUAGAUAAAGAAAGCGAAGAGCCAAACAAAGGCAACAGUGGGUCUGAAGCCUGUACCAGUUCUUUUCCAAGAUUAUCCUUUGCUUCAGAAACCCCUUUAGAGAAAGAGCCCCACUCUUCAGCUGACCAGCCAGAACAACAGGCAGAGUCCACUCUGACAUCAGCUGAAGCUAGGGGGAACAAGAAAAAGAAGAAACUUAGGAAGAAGAAAACUCUGCGGGCUGCCCAUGUUCCUGAGAACAGUGACACUGAACAGGAUGUGUUUACUGCUAAGCCUGUAAGGAAAGUAAAAACUGGAAAGCCUGCUAAAGGGGGGAAAGUGACAACCUCCAGCUGGGAAGAUGGCAGAACUGGCCUGGAACAAGAAAGUGUCAGAGAUGAGCCAGACACUGACUCAUCUCUUGAAGUCCUAGAAGUGCCUAAUCCUCAGUUAGAAGUGGUAGCCAUUGAUUCUUCUGAAUCGGGAGAAGAGAAACCAGAUAGCCCAUCUAAAAAGGAUAUUUGGAACUCCACAGAGCAAAACUCAUUAGAAACUUCUCGCUCUGGUUGUGAUGAAGUUAGCUCUACCAGUGAGAUUGGCACUCGCUAUAAAGAUGGCAUCCCUGUAAGUGUGGCAGAAACUCAGACUGUGAUCUCCUCCAUAAAAGGAUCAAAGAACUCUUCAGAAAUAUCUUCAGAGCCAGGAGAUGAUGAUGAGCCCACAGAAGGGAGCUUUGAGGGGCACCAAGCUGCAGUGAAUGCAAUUCAGAUAUUUGGGAAUUUGCUGUAUACCUGUUCCGCAGAUAAAACUGUCCGAGCUUAUAAUCUGGUGAGUCGAAAGUGCAUUGGUGUCUUUGAGGGCCAUACCUCCAAAGUGAACUGCCUCCUGGUUACUCAGACCUCUGGGAAAAAUGCUGCCCUUUACACUGGUUCCAGUGAUCAUACCAUUCGCUGCUAUAAUGUUAAGACUCGAGAGUGUGUGGAGCAGUUACAGCUGGAAGACCGGGUUCUCUGCCUCCACAGUAGGUGGCGAAUUCUCUAUGCAGGACUGGCAAAUGGCACUGUGGUCACCUUCAACAUAAAGAGCAACAAACGACUUGAAAUCUUUGAAUGCCAUGGCCCUCGGGCUGUCAGCUGUCUUGCCACAGCUCAGGAAGGUGCCCGAAAGUUGCUGGUUGUGGGUUCUUAUGACUGUACCAUCAGUGUACGCGAUGCACGGAAUGGAUUGCUCCUUAGGACUCUGGAGGGCCACAGCAAAACCAUCCUCUGCAUGAAGGUGGUGAAUGACCUUGUGUUCAGUGGCUCCAGUGAUCAGUCGGUCCAUGCUCAUAACAUUCAUACUGGUGAGCUUGUCCGGAUCUAUAAAGGUCACAAUCACGCAGUGACUGUGGUGAAUAUCCUAGGGAAAGUGAUGGUGACUGCUUGCCUGGAUAAAUUUGUUCGUGUCUAUGAGUUACAGUCGCAUGAUCGAUUGCAGGUUUAUGGAGGACACAAAGACAUGAUUAUGUGUAUGACCAUCCAUAAAAGUAUGAUUUAUACUGGCUGUUAUGAUGGCAGUAUUCAGGCCGUGAGGCUAAAUCUGAUGCAGAAUUACCGCUGCUGGUGGCAUGGCUGCUCUCUGAUAUUUGGUGUUGUAGAUCAUUUAAAACAACAUUUGCUGACUGACCAUACAAAUCCAAACUUUCAAACUCUGAAAUGUCGCUGGAAGAACUGUGAUGCUUUUUUUACUGCUAAGAAAGGAUCCAAACAGGAUGCUGCAGGACACAUUGAACACCAUGCUGAGGAUGACAGCAAAAUUGAUUCAUGA